AUGGCUGACGUGGCGGUGCAUCAGUUCAACAACAUCCUCCUCGGCGGCCGCGGGGCUCUGGCAAGUACUUCUGCGCCCGCUCCUCGCGCUGAUCCUCUCCAUGCCAGCCUCUCCCGCUCGCCUUCCUCCCCCCAACUCCCUCCGCUGCUCCCCACCCCGGGGCAGCUGCGCGUGCACACGGGCGGGCUGGCGUGGCGGAAGCUGGGCGGGGGGAAGCAGGUGGACGUGCAGCGCACGGACAUGGCGGGCGUGGUGUGGAUGCGCGUGCCGCGCGGGUACCAGCUGUGCGUGCGGCUCAAGGCGGGCGGCAAGGUGAAGUUCAACGGCUUCACCAAGGCUGACGUGGACGCGCUCUCGCCCUUCCUCGCCUCCACACUCGGCUUCCAGCCGCGCAAGAGCGAGCUCGCCACCAGCGGCCGCAACUGGGGCGACGCCGAGAUCGAAGGCACGAUGCUGGGAUUCCAGGUGGGCGGCAAGCAGGCCUUCGAGAUCUCCAUUGCUGACGUGUCACAGACUCAGCUGUCAGGGAAGAACGACGUGCUGCUGGAGUUCCACGUGGACGACACUGCCACUGCUGCUGAGAAGGACAUGUUGGUGGAGAUGAGUUUCCACGUACCAACGUCCAACACCACCUUUGUUGGCACCGACGACAAGCCCUCCGCACAGAUAUUCCAGGAGCAGAUCCUGGCGCGCGCGGACGUGGGGCCAUCGGGCGACGAGGCGGUGGUGGAGUUUGAGGGCGUGCACAUCCUCACGCCCAGGGGCCGCUUCAAGGUGGAGCUGCACGUCAGCCACGUGCGCCUGCAGGGCAUGGCUGUCGACUUCAAGAUCCAGUACAAGAACCUCGCCCGCCUCUUCGUGCUGCCCAAGGCCAACCAGCCGCACACGUUCGUGGUGGUCACACUGGACACGCCCAUCCGCAAGGGCCAGACGCUCUACCCUCACAUCGUGCUGCAGUUCCCCAACGAGGAGACGUUUGAGGGCGGGCUGUCACUGAGCGACGAGUUGCUCACCACCAAGUACAAGGACCGCCUGCAGCCCGUGUACAAGGGCCUGGUGCACGAGGUGUUUGCUCAGAUCCUGCGGGGGCUGUCGGGCGCCAAGGUGACGCGGCCGGGGUCGUUCCGCAGCAACAGCGACGGGUACGCGGUGCGCACGUCGCUCAAGGCGGAGGAGGGGUACCUCUACCCGCUCGAAAAGAGCUUCUUCUUCCUCCCCAAGCCGCCCACGCUCGUGCUGCACGAUGAGGUGGAGUACGUGGAGUUUGAGCGGCAUGGAGCGGGCACGAGCAGCAUCUCGUCGUCCUACUUCGAUCUCGUCAUCCGCCUGCGCAGCGAGCAGGAGCACCAAUUUCGCAACAUCCAGCGCAACGAGUACCACAACCUCUUCUCCUUCUUCAGCGACAAGCGCCUCAAGAUUCUCAACCUCGGCGACUCGCACGCAGCGGCAGCAGCGGGCGCGGAGGCGGGGGCGGGCGUGGGGGGCGUGGGGGUGGGCGGGGUGGACUCGGAUGAUGACGCCGUGGACCCGCACCUCAACCGCAUCCGGGCAGGGGGGGCGGAUGACAGCGACGACGAGGACGAGGACUUUGUGGCGGGCAAGGACGAGGACGACGGGGGCUCGCCGUCCGACUCGGGCAGCAGCGGCAGCGGCGAUGGCAGUGGCAGCGACAGCGACAGCGAUGCCAGCAGAGCAGCCAAUGAGGACGAGGAGGAGACCGCCAAGCGCAAGGAGAAGGCACGGAAGGAGAAGGAGAGGGAGAAGGCGAGGGAGGAGAAGGCAGGCAAGGCGGCCAGCAGUGGGGCGGCGAAGAGGAAGAGCAAGGAGGGGGCGGGAGGGGGCACAGCGGAUGACGGCGGCAAGAAGAAGCGCAAGAAGAAGGACCCUGACGCGCCCAAGCGCGCCCUCUCGGGCUUCAUGUACUUCAGCCAGGCUCAGCGCGAGCAAGUGAAGAAGGACAAUCCAGGCAUUGCAUUUGGGGACAUCGGCAAGCUGAUCGGCGAGAAGUGGAAGAAGAUGUCAGGGGAGGAGAAGGCGCCGUACGAGAGCAAGGCGCGGGACGACAAGGCGCGGUAUGCGGACCAGAUGCGCUCCUACAAGGGCGGUGCUGCUGAUGAUGACGCUCAAGACUAG